CCCCGCUCAAAACCAACUACUUCCAAGAAUCCCCGUCCGAAAACCAAGAAUACACCCAAGAACUAUAUAUAAAAAAAAUCCCCCAACAACAAGCUUCUAACCAUGCCUCCAUUUGCCGCUGAACAAAUCCCCACCGCCGCUGCCCCUUUGGCCUUCAAGGUCAACAGCAAGAAUGUCCAGUACACCGAUUCGCACAUCCUUGCCGACUACGUCUAUGAGAAUGCCACCGUCUCCAAGGGCAUCGAUGGAUCGUACUCCGUCAACCCCACCUCUGUCAAGUACACUUUCAAGACCGACCUCAAAGUUCCACGUGUAGGUCUCAUGAUGGUUGGAUGGGGUGGAAACAACGGAUCGACCUUGACCGCCUCCAUCAUUGCUAACCGCAGAAAGACAACCUGGAAUACCAAGGAGGGUCUCCAGGAGCCCAACUACUAUGGCUCCGUCGUCCAGGCUUCGACCUUGAAGCUGGGUGUUGAUGCCAAGGGCAAUGAUGUCUACAUCCCUUUCUCCGACAUCCUUCCCAUGGUCCACCCCAAUGAUCUCGUCCUUGGCGGCUGGGACAUCUCGUCCUUCAACCUCGCUGAUGCCAUGGCUCGCGCUCAAGUCCUCGAUUACGAUCUCCAACGUCAGCUUAAGGCUGAGAUGGCUACUCUCAAGCCUCUCCCUUCAGUCUACUACCCUGACUUCAUUGCUGCCAAUCAGUCUGACCGUGCCGACAAUGUUAUUCCCGGAACGAACAAGCAGGCUCAUGUCGAGCAAAUCCGCGCCGAUAUCCGCAACUUCAAGGCUGCCAAUGACUUGGACAAGGUAGUCGUUAUCUGGACUGCCAACACCGAGCGCUUCUCUUCCCUUUUAGAUGGCGUCAACGACACUGCCGACAACUUGCUCAAGUCCGUCAAGGAGUCGCAUGAGGAAGUUUCACCUUCGACCGUUUUCGCUAUUGCCUCGAUUCUGGAGAACACUCCUUUCAUCAACGGUUCGCCCCAAAACACCUUUGUUCCUGGAUGCAUCGAGCUUGCUGAGCGUCAUAACGUUUACAUUGGUGGUGAUGACUUCAAGUCUGGCCAGACUAAGGUCAAGUCUGUCCUUGUUGACUUUUUGGUCAAUGCCGGUAUCAAGCCCAUUGCUAUCUCGUCCUACAACCAUCUUGGUAACAACGACGGUAAGAACUUGUCUGCACCUCAGCAGUUCCGUUCAAAGGAGAUCUCAAAGUCGAACGUUGUUGACGACAUGGUCGCUGCCAACCACCUCUUGUACAAGGAGGGUGAGCAUCCCGAUCACUUGGUAGUCAUCAAGUACAUCCCAGCUGUGAAGGAUUCGAAGCGUGCAUUGGAUGAGUAUGUCUCUGAGAUUUUCAUGGGAGGUCGCAACACCAUCUCGUUGUACAACACCUGUGAGGACUCACUCUUGGCCUCGCCUCUCAUCUUGGACUUGGUCAUCUUGACUGAGCUCAUGACCCGUAUUGAGUACAAGACUGAGGAGAUGACCAAGUUUGCUCCUUUCAACUCGGUCCUUUCGAUCCUUUCCUACAUGCUCAAGGCGCCCAUGGUUCCCCACGGUACCCAAGUUGUUAACGCUCUUUCGAAGCAGCGCUAUGCUAUGGAGAACAUCUUCCGUGCCUGCGUUGGUCUCGCUCCCCAGAACGACAUGCUUUUGGAGGCCAAGACCCAGGCCAAUCGCCACUAGGCAGUUUCCAAUAAAAUAAAAUAAAAAAAAAGUCUGACUUUUUGUUUUAAACUUUUAUCAUAUACAUUUGUGUAUAUUUUUUUGUUUCAAUAUUUAAUGAUGCAAUAUAAUAAUAAAUGGGAG